UCGGGCGGAUGUAGAAGGAGCGACCGCUAUAGGAGGGGCAAAUCCAGGCGGACUGAAUCACACCCCGUCCGUGAUAAGGGGUUUGAGAUUCUCGCGAGGUGAGCGGACAAGUCAUGCAAUUGCCUCCAAUACGCGGAUUUUACUCUUCGUACACCUCGAUGUCUCUCCAUGCAUGAUUUUUCACCACCAUUACCCAGCCGAUGUGCAUAGGGAGAUGCGCGGAGACGCUAACAGUAGAUUACAGAGGAAACAUUGUAACCAAAGUGUCCGAGGCUGCACCUGAUAUCAAGUCCUAACAAACAGGGGAGAAGACCUGCCUUUAUUAUCCCGAUCGACUUUAUUAUUCAUGUUUUAUGUCUCUUGCCUCGUCUGUCUGGAUUUUGCUCCGUGCACACAUUUUGGACGUCAAACCGCAAAAUGAGUGAGGAAAUAUCAGAUGUCCCGAAAGAACUGCUUGAGAGCGUAAACGAUGCAGUGGGAAGGAAGAUCAAGCUGGUGGUUAAGAAGAAAGUUAAACUGGAGAUCAAAGGAGAUAAAGUGGAGAACCGAGUCCUGGCGUUGGCAUCUCAUCGGGCUUAUCUCCUCAGUGCACGAAUCCCCACCAAGGUGGAGCAGACUUUCAAUUAUUUGGAGAUUCAAGGCAUCACUUGUAGCAAACCCACACAGUUUGCAGUGGAGUAUGAGCGGGGUCAGAUAUCUCUUAAGAUGGCAUCUACAGAUGAGGUGAAUGAGGUGGUGGCUCACAUUGGCAGCUGCCUACAGAGAAUCUGGCCUGGUCUGCCUCCUCUGAAGGUGAUGAAGAGGUUGUCCAUGGAGCCUCCUGAGAGGAUCAGCACUUUGCAGGCACUCUGGGAGAGUCAGAGUGGAUCUGAACCUGGACCCUGUGGGGGGUUCUCACAGCAGUACAGGUGCGUGUGUGACUGGUUAAGCCUUCCGUACCGAGAAGAGGUUCAGUGGGAUGUGGACACGAUCUAUCUGACACAGGACACACGAGAGCUGAACCUACAGGACUUCAGUCACCUGGAGAACAGGGAUUUGGUGGCGAUAAUCGCAGUGCUGGAAUACAACCAGUGGUUCACUAAACUCUCCACCAAGGAUUAUAAACUGUCUGCAGACGUGUGUGAGCAGAUUCUGAGAGUGGUCGCCCGAUCCAGCCGACUGGAAGAAUUAAUUCUGGACAAUGCUGGAUUGAAAACGGACUUCGCACAGAAAUUAGCAAAUGCCCUCGCUCACAAUGCCAGCUCAGGACUGCACACCAUAAACCUUGCCAACAAUCCUCUCGAGGACAGGGGGAUUGCCUCUUUGGGUGCACAGUUUGCCAAACUCCGUAAGGGCCUCAAGCAUCUGAACUUCUCCAAAACCUCAUUGUCACCCAAAGGGGUGAACAGCCUUGCUCAGUCACUGAGUGCCAACCAGUCCAUUCCCAACACCCUCACCCACCUCGACCUCUCAGGAAACGUUCUGCGGGGGGACGACCUGACGAGUUUCUACAAUUUCCUUGGCCAACCAAACAGCCUGCAUACUCUGGACCUGUCCAACACAGACUGCUCACUUGACCUGGUUUGUGCUGCACUACUCAGAGGGUCCGUCCAGCACCUCACCGUCCUUAAUGUGUCAAAAAGCAUCUUUGCUCUCAGGAAAGGCAAAGACGCACCUCCUGCAUUUAAACACUUCUUCAGCAGUGCAAUGGUUCUCAACACCAUCAACAUAUCAGGAACCAAAUUACCCCCAGAGGCCUUGAAAGCUCUUCUGCUGGGUCUGGCCAGUAAUCCUAAUGUUAAAGAUGUCUCGCUGGAUCUCAGCUGCUGUGAGCUCGGUCACUGUCUGCGGUCCGGUGGCUCUCAGAUCCUGGAGGGCUGCAUUGCUGAAAUUCCCAACAUCUCUUGCCUGGACAUUUCUGAUAAUGGUCUGGACUCUGACAUGGCCACUCUGUUAGUAUGGCUGGCCAAGAACCGCUCCAUAAGGCAUCUGUCCCUGGGGAAGAACUUCAACAACAUCAAAUCAAAAAAUCUGGCUCCUGUUCUGGAUAACCUGGUGCACAUGAUACAAGAUGAAGAAUCGUCACAGCCCUGA